GGCAAUUGGUCCUGCUAGUUGGAGGGGCUGAUGGGAGUUGCCAUCCAAAACCUCUGGAGGGCACCAGGUUGGCAAAGUCUGCAAGAGACCUUGCCAACAUUGGACGGAGCAUGCCCUCCAACCCUGUGUAUUUAUUUGUUUUACCCAUUCUGCGGUAGAACAAACUGCAAGUCACAGCAUCGACCACCUAAAAUAUUUAUUCGUUUAUUUAUAUAAUACCACUGUUAUCUUCCGAAGAUCCCAAGGUGGUGUACAUGGUUCAUCUUGUCCCCAUUUCAUCCUCACAACAACCCUGUGAGGUAGGUUAGAGAUGGUGACUGGCCUAAGGUAACCCAGUGAGAUUCAUGGCUGUGUGGGGAUUCGAACCCUGCUCUGCCAGGUCCUAUAGUCUGACACUCUAACCCAGGCAUAGGCAAACUCGGCCCUCCAGAUGUUUUGGGACUACAACUCCCAUGAUCCCUAGCUCACAGGACCAGUGGUCAGGGAUGAUGGGAGUUGUAGUCCCAAAACAUAUGGAGGGUGAGUUUGCCUAUGCCUGCUCUAAACAUUACGCCACACUGGCGUAUGCAUCAUUGCCAGAGCUCCUGAGACACCCUUCUCUCAGAUUCUGAUCUCUCGCCCACCUGUCACCGUAAGGACCCAGGGUAGGUUGCAACAAUAUUAUAAAAAUACAUGAUUAACAUUGGCCACAAAAUACGGUAGGGGCCGGGUGUGAUGGCCCCUUGGCCUUCCGUGGCUCUUCCCAAGGAGGAGGAGGAGGAGGAAGCGCGUAUGAGAAAUCUACCCUGCCAACUUUUAGCCCAGCAGAGUGCCUGAUGGAACCUCCAACUUCGGAGGUAGUCUACCUUUGAAUGCCAAAUUGCUGGGUGGACAAACAGCAAGGGAUGGCUGUGUCACCUCCAUUCCUGAUUGUGAGCUUCCAGAAAGAAGGCUCUCGUACAUGAUGAUUUGUGUUCAUGAUGGUUUGGUGGCGAUUAUACACAAUCCUGCUUUCAAUCUUCUUGUUCACUGGCUGCAAAGGUUUUGGGACAGACUGCGUCGCUUCCCAUCGGUGCAAGUCUGGUAACUUCCAGCUGAAAUUCUGCAACUUUUCAUACCGCAAAUAUUCCAGGGCUGCUGUCGCUUUGUCCUGCUUUCGUUGCGCAAGAGCACCCCUCUGAACAGCAACAUUGCUCUAACCCUGGGAGAGCCUCGCAAAACAACAGAGCGAAAAGGCAGUGUGGGUGGCCCAAUAUACACCCACCAUGUCAUGUUGCAGAAGAUACCAGCCCCCCCCCCAAAAAAAACCACACACAUCACUCAGCGAUAGAGCAGACAAUGAGGACUGGAAUCUUGUUUCAUUUUUUAAGGAAGGACCAUAGCUCAGUGGCAGAGAGGUUCAUCCCUCAAUGAGAUACUCAGGUAAGGCUAGGAGAAAUACGGCCUGCUUGCAUCUCUGGAGAGCGGCUGCCCGUCAGUUUUCACAAAAACAGCUGGAUAGUCUAACCGCCUGACUCUCAACAUUGUAGAGUUUGAAGGGACCUGAAGGGUCAUCCGUGUAUCAAGCAACCUGCUGCACUCACCAAUUCUAGAGGAAACCUCUCCCAAGCAUCCAGCUGUGGCUGCUUUAAGGUGUGAAGGGGGUGCAGGAUGCUGGGUGAAGCAGACCCCCCUUGACCUGUUUGGUUCAAGGUUUUUCUUGGGAUAGGGGGUGCGUGCAUAUCCCCCCCCCGUCUCUCUUUCUCUGACCUGCGCCGGCAGCCAGGCUCAGCCUCCCUCCCUCCCUCCCUUAGGGUGGGAUUGAACAGUCACAUGAGAGCUCGCUUGCCUCCUUCCCUCUCCUCGCUGUGCCAGCAGCUUCUGUCUCCCUCUCUCUCCCUCUCCCCCCUCGACUUGGAGCCCAGUUACUUCUGCGGCCGCCUGGCACGACGACACCACCGUCACUCGCCACCUCCUCCUUGGGCAGCGGCGGCGGCGGCGGCAGCUGCGAAGAUGCACCUGAACCCACCCCUGGUUCUCCUUGCGCCCAGGUGCUGGGAGUAGGAUGGCACCGAGAGAGAAGCGGGCACCAGGCUGACCUGAGCCAUGCCCAGGUGCAGGGGCAAUGCCCAGUUCCUGAGUGGCGGCUGCCCGUCGGCUGGGCAUUUUGUCUGAGUGGCAAAUCCUGGAGGAAGGGGGAGGGAAUCCUGGACGACCUCCUUCCCCAAUCGACUGGAGAGCAGACCCUAGAAGCUGCCGCCGAGCCAGCAAACUUUGGAGAAAAGUCUCCAAGAGGAGCCCGAGGCGGGCGCGUGUGCCCCCUUGCCCGGCAGGAGCAGCGGCAGCGGCAGCCUUGGCACCACCAUGAACGCCCCCUGCGGUGCCCUUCAGCUCCUCUUGGCUACCACCUUGCAGCUGCACUGCUGCGCCGCCACGACGAUUCUGCCGCAUCCAACUAAUGAGAUGGAACCAGUCGUGGAGCCAGUUACAGAAGUGGUGAGGUUCCUGGAGGUGUUCAGCCGCAGCGCCUGCCAGGCCAAGGAAACAAUGGUAUCUCUGGACAAGGAGUACCCAGACUUAGUCAUCAGCCACCUCAUUGUGCCCUCCUGCGUGUCUCUAAAGCGCUGUGUCGGCUGCUGCGCUGAUGAAUCGGCACAGUGUAUGCCGUCCCGGACGUAUACAGUGACCAUGGAGGUAUUGUUGCUGAGCAAGUUCCAACACAGCCACUUGCAGCAGCUGACUUUUGAGGAGCACGCUACCUGUGAAUGCAGACCAAAGGAACUUUAUAGAUUGCCCACGCACAGCCCGUCCUGCGCGCCCUGUCCGGACAGGAAGAAGCGGGUCAACCCACUGUCGUGUGAAUGCGUCUGCAGGCGCGACUCCGUCCGUUGUCAGCAGCGUGGCUGGGAACUCAACAAGGCCACUUGCAGGUGUGUGAAACACCGCAGGCGACCCAACAGGAAAGCAAAAGCGUAGCUGCACGGGAAGCCAGGACUUGGAGGAGUUUGGAUCUCGGACCUUUCUCGGUUGGGGAUGACUUUUCUCUGGUGGGAAUGAAGCACGGGACUUGCCGAGGCCAUGUCCAAUGGUCGCUGGGGAAGGAGAAGCAGUCUUCUUUACCUACCACUGCAACACCGUACCGGAUUACCUCUCUUCACAGCGGAAGGAGGCUGUACCACAUGCAAGAGCUGUACCACACUCCCAUGGAAGGCAGACUGAAGGAGCAUCUCUUCAGCGUCAAGACACUGAGAUCGGUCCCACUCAUAUUUAAAAACAACAACUUGCUAAA